GGAUUCCAUCAUGGCCAAGGACAAGAAAGUGGAAGCCAAUGACAUUGAGGGGAAGGAUCAAGUUAAUGGGGAUGUCACCGUGAACAUUGCCGACCCCAACAACGAAAGCAAGAAAAAGGGAUUGUUCUCAAAAUUCAAAAAAAAAGAAAAAGAGAAAGUUGAAAAGCCAAAAAUGGUCAGCCCUUUCACCAUGUUCCGAUACGCCGGAGGGAUGGAAAAGCUACUGAUGCUGGUUGGAACGAUAGCAGCCUUAGUGCAUGGAGCUGCCUUACCACUCAUGAUGUUGGUGUUUGGGGAAAUGACGAACAGCUUUGUGGAUUUUGGAAAGAACGCGACACGUGAGUUUAUCACCAGGGGCCACAUACGAUAAAUCAAACCAGUGCAAAAGCUGCAGGAAAAGAUGGAAACUGAUGUCCAAAAAAUUAACGAAGGCAUUGGUGAUAAAAUCGCUAUGCUUAUCCAGUCCUUAACCACCUUCGUGACCGGUUUUGUUAUUGGGUUUGUGAAAGGCUGGAAGCUGACGCUGGUUAUUCUGGCCAUCAGUCCCAUCAUGGGGCUCUCAGCGGCUAUAUGGGCAAAGAUUCUGUCAGCAUUCACUAACAAGGAGCUGACGGCGUACGCCAAAGCCGGAUCGGUGGCGGAGGAGGUACUGGCGGCGAUCCGGACUGUCAUGGCUUUUGGUGGACAGGGAAAAGAAAUUGAAAGGUAUAAAAAGAAUUUAGAAGACGCCAAAAGGAUAGGAAUCAAGAAAGCGAUUACAGCCAAUGUGUCUAUCGGUUUUGCUUUCCUAAUGAUAUACGCGUCUUAUGCUUUGGCAUUCUGGUAUGGCACCACCCUGAUCAUAAGUGAAGAGUACUCCAUUGGGAGCGUGCUCACGGUAUUCUUUGCGGUCAUCAUUGGAGCUUUCAGUAUCGGUCAGGCUUCCCCCAAUAUUGAAGCCUUUUCCAGCGCUAGGGGAGCGGCAUACGCAGUUUUCAAUAUUAUCGAUAAUAAACCCAAAAUAGACAGCUUCUCUCCAGCAGGAUUUAAACCAGACAGCAUUAAAGGAGACAUCCAAUUCUCAGGUGUAAAGUUUACCUAUCCAUCAAGGCCGGAUAUCCAGGUCCUUAAAGGGUUGAACCUCACAGUCCCAAAUGGUAAAACAGUGGCCCUUGUUGGCAGUAGUGGUUGCGGAAAGAGCACGACAGUCCAGCUUAUACAGAGGUUUUAUGAUCCAGAGGAAGGCGUGAUCACCAUAGACGGACAAGACAUUCGGAACUUAAACCUGAGAUACUUGAGGGAGAUUAUUGGUGUGGUCAGCCAGGAGCCAAUCCUGUUCGAUACCAACAUUGCCGAGAAUAUCCGCUACGGCCGUGAAAAUGUCACAAUGGAGGAGAUCGAAAGAGCCACCAAAGAGGCCAACGCAUACAACUUCAUCAUGAAGCUGCCAGAUAGAUUUGAAACUCUGGUAGGGGAGAGAGGAACACAGCUGAGCGGAGGUCAGAAGCAGAGAAUCGCCAUCGCACGGGCGCUGGUCCGCAACCCCAAAAUCCUCCUUCUGGAUGAAGCCACUUCUGCUCUGGACACAGAGAGUGAAGCCAUGGUGCAGGCGGCUCUGGAUAAGGCUAGAGAAGGCCGGACAACCAUCGUCAUAGCCCAUCGCUUGUCCACAGUACGAAACGCUGACGUUAUCGCUGGAUUCAAUGAAGGGGUCAUUACCGAACAAGGAUCUCAUAGUGAACUGAUGAAGAUACCUAAUGGAGUCUACUACAACCUGGUCACCAUGCAAACAUUAGAAGCAGGGAAAGAAGGUGAGAACCACUAUGAAGAAGGUCAGAACCACUAUGAAGACAUCAAUGAUUCCCACAAACCGACCGAAACAAAAAUAACGCGGAGGAAGUCAAGUCGGCACAGCAGCCUCAGGAGAACGUCUGUGAAGGAAGAAAAGAAGAUUGAUGCAGAUGAUGAUAAAGAGGAGGUAUUCGCAGGACCAGAGGACCAGGUCAGAUCGCAAAGCAACAUGUAUUGCCUGCUGUUCGUGGCACUUGGAGGCGUUUCCUUUAUCACAUUUUUCCUUCAGGGAUUUACAUUUGGGAAAGCAGGAGAGAUUCUGACUAUGAGACUCAGGCUGUUGACCUUCAAGGCAAUGUUAAGACAGGAAAUUGGAUGGUUUGAUGACAAAAAGAACAGCACCGGUGCCUUAACCACAAGAUUGGCUACAGACGCUUCUCAAGUCCAUGGGGCUACCGGAGCCAGACUGGCAUUGCUAGCUCAGAACAUUGCAAAUCUGGGCACCGCCACUGUAAUAUCUUUUGUUUAUGGGUGGCAGUUAACGCUUCUUAUCUUGACCAUUGUGCCAGUUAUCGCCGUCUCUGCUCUCAUCGAGAUGAAAACAUUUGCCGGUCAUGCGAAGAAGGACAAAGAGGAGCUGGAAGUCGCUGGAAAAAUUGCCACUGAUGCUGUAGAAAACAUCCGUACUGUUGUGUCUCUCACACGGGAAAGGACCUUUGAGAACUUGUAUGAUGAGAAACUGGUGGGGCCCUACAAGAAUUCUAUUAAAAAGGCUCACAUUCACGGAGUGACAUUUGGGCUCUCUCAGGCCAUCAUGUUCUUCGCUUAUGCUGGGUGCUUCCGCUUUGGUGCAUGGCUUGUGGCAAAUAAUCACAUGACAAUGGACAAUGUAUUCCUGGUAUUCUCGGCCAUUGUGUUCGGAGCCAUGGCUUUAGGACAGACCAGCUCCUUUGCUCCAGACUACGCCAAGGCCAAGAUAUCAGCGGCUCAUAUAUUCAACCUGCUGGAAAAACAACCACUCAUAGAUAGCUAUAGCACUGCUGGGGAAAGUCUUACAGAGUGUCAGGGAAAUGUCUCAUUCCGGGGUGUCCAGUUCAACUAUCCAACACGACCAGACGUGCCUGUGCUUCAAGGACUGGACGUCACUGUGUCUAAAGGGCAAACCCUGGCACUAGUGGGCAGCAGCGGCUGUGGGAAGAGUACCACCGUCCAACUCUUGGAGAGAUUCUACGACCCCCUUGGCGGAGACGUGUGCAUAGAUGGUUCUGAUGUGAAGGGUAUGAACAUCCAGUGGUUACGGGCACAGAUGGGCAUCGUAUCCCAAGAGCCCAUUUUGUUUGACCGCAGCAUAGCAGAGAACAUUGCGUAUGGAGACAACAGCCGAACAGUGAGUCAAGAAGAGAUUGAGCAAGCAGCCAAGGAGGCCAAUAUCCAGAGUUUCAUCGAGACCCUAACUGAUAAAUACAUGACUCGGGUUGGAGACAAGGGCACACAGCUGUCUGGAGGUCAGAAGCAGAGGAUCGCAAUAGCACGAGCCCUUAUCAGGAGACCCAAAAUCCUGUUGCUGGACGAGGCCACGUCUGCUCUGGACACUGAGAGUGAAAAGGUGGUGCAAGAAGCUCUGGAUAAGGCUCGGGAGGGUCGCACCUGUAUAGUAAUCGCCCACCGUCUAUCCACCAUUCAGAACGCAGACAAAAUUGCCGUCAUCCAGAACGGGAAGGUCGUAGAACAGGGAACACAUCAACAGCUGCUGCAGCAAAAAGGAUUCUACCACUCACUCGUCAGUAUACAGCUCGGAUCCACAUGAGUGGAGACAGUUACCCUGCCUGACGCAUCAGGAAUAGAAUAAAGUUUACUGACUUGAAUGCUAUUGUGAAGCCAAAGAUCCCAAGGGGUCCAGCUGCAUGGGCAAUGUUCCUGCCAAACCUACCGGACCAAUUCAAAUACAGAACUCUCCCUUUGCUGCUCCAACACUGAAUAUAUC